GGUCGAAAGAAACCAUAAUAUUACACUAAAUAUAACAGAAAGUUGUUGAAUAUCGAUUUACUAACGACGUGAUAGAAUUAUUACCGGUGCCAAUAUCUAAAUAUUUUCUAGCGGUUUAAAAUGCACGAAAUUAAACGGGGAAAACCAAACUUCAAACACACAAAACCAGCAAACCGGCGUAUUUCAAUCGCGAAGUUCGAAAGCUGCAGAAAUGGGGAAUUCCCUUAAACAUCACCGUUUGUAGUCAAAAGUACCUCGCUAGGUGACGCAUGUGUAUCAACAAACUUAAAAUAUCAUUUCAGAAGUUUUGUCGUCGCGUACGUCUCGCAUGAAGUAUGCGGCAUCAACUGAAGGUCGUCUUCUGCGUUAUAUGAAUGUGGCGUAUAUAUAUGCUAUAACUAAAAGUACCCCGUGUAUCUGUGUUAUUGUUUAUUAUUAAAUAUGUUGAGCUACAUGAUCAAAUCAUCAAGUUAUGGUCCGUUCGGGGACCAUUUUUCCAGAGAAGAAACAUCUGAGUUUAUAUCCGAGCGUGCCAUGACGGUCCUAAGUCGAGCUGCAAAGCGUAAUGUCUGCAAACAACAGUUGAUGCUUAUGAAAUCAUCCUCACCUUGGAAACAAAUGACGUCGAGGGAGAAUGCGAGAUCAGCACCUGAAAGAAAAAGAUUUUCAGGUAAAAGAAGCCUUGCAUCCUCAGCCCCGCCAAUGAUGCGCCAGCCUCCACAAAUUACAAUAGAAGAAGCGAGUGUUGAAAGAAAUGAGGAUAAUGAUGAUCGUAUUGGGAUUGAGGAAAAUGAAAUAUCUGCGCAAGAUCCUAUUUAUUGUGCUUCAGCACCACCAACAGCCUCGAGCUUGAAUACCACAGUUGAAAAUGUUUGGGAAGCUAGGCCUCCGAUGACACCUCGACAACAAACUUUACCACAAUAUCCAAACUUACUAACAAGACCAAAAUAUCAACCAGUUGCUAAACCUUUGCAUCAAGCAAGACCAUCAACAACUGACUGGCACUGGGUUCGUUCAAAGCUUCUUAGUCGAGAUUCAGUGAAACGUCCUGAAUCGUCAAUGACAUUUGAUGACUUCCUAAAUGGCCUGGAUCCUGACUCUGAUGAAUAUGACACAGAUUUGGAAGAUGCUUAUUAUACUGAAGAACACGAACCUUAUGAUCCAACAGGAAUUUGGCACUACGAGAAAUUGUGUAAAAUUAAAGGUACUGUGCCUGCACGUCAGGUUGUAGAAAAACUUGGGAACAAACAUAUUCAGUUCAGACUAAAUCACAGGUACAUUGGCACAAAAGAUAGUGAAGCUCUUGCAAAUGGUUUAAAAAACAAUGAUUUCAUUGAAGAUCUUGAUUUAUCUGAUAACUGUUUAAGUGACAGAGGUGGACAACAUGUUGCUAAAAUGAUGAGGAAGAACCGUCAAGUAUAUCGACUUGAUCUCAGUUCAAAUUGUCUUCAGUGUGAUGCAGGAAGAUAUUUGGCUCAAAUGUUACUUUAUAAUCGACAUUUGACUACACUGUGUUUGAAAAAAAAUAAACUUGGAGAUAAGGAAGCACUAUUACUUGCUGAAGUUCUGCGAGUCAACAGAUCAUUAAAAUCACUAGAUAUCAGUCAUAAUCAACUUGGUGAUAAUGCAGGUGAAGCAUUCUCUGCUGCACUUAUGGAUAACAAAACUCUGAGAAGUUUAAAUUUAUCAUGGAAUAGUUUAUGUAAAAGAGCUGCUGCUGCCAUUGCAAGAGCCCUUGAUUUCAGCCUUGAUUUAUCUUACAAUGGGUUGGGAGAUGACGGAGCAGUCUUACUUGGUCAUGCUUUGCGAGAAAACUCAACUUUGAGAUUUUUAUCUCUUGCUGUAAAUCAUAUAUGUGGAUAUGGAGCCGAACAACUAGCGACCGGAGUGUCUGGUGGAAUGAUAAUGACAAGGAAGAAAAAGAAAGCAAAAAUGGGAAGAACAAAAUGUGGAUUGCAAUAUUUGAACCUUGAUAGAAAUCCACUUGGUGUUCGUGGAAUUAAGUUACUUCUUCAACGAUUAUCCAAAGAGAAGACGCUUAAAACACUCAGUAUCAGAGAGGUCGUUUUGAAUGAUGAUUUACUAAAACAGAUCAGAACAUUGAAAACAACUUCAAGCAAAGAAAUCACUUUAUUGCAUGAAGGACAGGAUCAAGUUGAACAAACGGAAGCAUCUUUGAUGAGAGGAAUCAGAGUUUUGAACACAUCACUCGAAUCUUUACAUGUUAAGAUAAUAGAUGUUGUUAAUGCAUUGGAUAACAGAGGAAUCGGUGCAAACAUAUCAGAUUUGAGAAAUGUACUCGCAGAACACACAUCAUUAACUGAGCUGGAAAUUGAAUAUGCAGUUAAAAGUUUGGAUAUAAACAAUGAUGAUAUUGUACAAUACAAAGAUAUUGCUAUUCACUGCAGAGGUUCUUGAAUAUAUGUUGUCAUUCAAAUCUUACUGUGUGUGAAGAACACCUCGUUACCAAUU